CCCGGUCGCGCUCGGCCAGAGCCACAAAGCCCCGCGGGGAAGGUCGCUUCUCGCCGGCUGCGCGCCUCCAACUUUUCCCUACUUUCCCCCCGGCGUCCGCCCUGCGCUCCCCGGUCCGGCCUGGCCUCCCUCCCUUCGGCUCGGAGCCUUUGAGCCCUGCUCUUCUCCUUCCGCGGCUCUGCCUGACCCCCUCCCACCCCUCAACUCUGCUUGGGCAUCCCCGCCACAUCCCACACGGGGCCAGCUGCGUUGGGGGAACCGGGCCCGGCGGCUGGGCAGGGCAGGGUGGCCGGUGCGUGCGUGCGCGUCCGGCGGCUCCAGGGAGCUUCUCCCUUCCAACCGCGAGCUUUAAUUCCGCCUCGUCGGCGUCCUCCGGGCGGGGAGACCUCGGAGCAGAGCGGUGCUGGUGUCCGGCUGGGAGCCUCAGGGCUCGCUGGGGUCACAGGUAGCUCUGGGCGCGCCCCGGGGGCUCCUGCCCUCCGCCUGCUCAGCUCCGCCCUGUCCUGUUCCUACCCCCCGGCGGGGAGGAGCUGGGCUCCCGCCGCCUGCAGCCCCCGCCCCCUCGGACCCGGCCCCAGCCCUAGUCCGGGCCCCGAGGGAGGGAAGGCAGGCAGGCCGGUAGGCGAGCGAGCGGACGGGGGUACGCCAGGUAGUGCCCCUACUGCGCCCCCCGCCCGCCCUCCCUCCAGUGCUCGCCCCGCCUGCCUUUACUCUGCUCCAGCGGGCGGAAGGACUAAAGCUACAAUGUGGAGCUCGCUGCCCGCGAGGAGAGACUGAGGAAGCUGAAUUUACUGCGAGAAGGGUGGGAGGAAGCCCCGGGAAUGAACCGGGACGGACACCCUGGCGAGAGUCUGUGAGCAGCGGAGCGGGUGUCCCAGCAGCUCGAGGUUUUGAAACCAUAGAACAUUUGUACAUGAGGAGGACCUAAGCCCAGAUAUGGAGUUUUGGUUUGCCUUCUUCUUCUUGGGGAUUUUCUCGGUGUCUGAUUCUGCUCGAGACGAUGUCACCGUGAGCAAAGAGAAUCCAGGACCCGAAGGCCCCAACGGUGAGCAGGAAGACACGUCUGGCAAACAGUGGGCCCGACCUCGGUUCACACAGCCCUCCAAGAUGCGGCGGAGGGUGAUUGCCCGACCCGUGGGCAGCUCUGUCCGGCUGAAGUGUGUGGCCAGCGGCCACCCCCGGCCAGACAUCAUGUGGCUGAAGGACGACAAGACCUUGACACCCCAGGAGGUGGGUGAGAACAAGAAGAAGAAGUGGACGCUCAACCUGAAGAACCUGAAGCCCGAGGACAGCGGGAAGUACACGUGCCGCGUCUUUAACCGUGCCGGCGAGAUCAACGCCACCUACAAAGUGGAAGUCAUCCAACGCACCCGCUCCAAGCCCAUCUUGACGGGCACCCAUCCAGUGAACACCACAGUGGAUUUUGGUGGGACGACCUCCUUUCAGUGCAAGGUGCGCAGUGACGUGAAGCCCGUGAUCCAGUGGCUGAAGCGAGUUGAGUACGGCACCGAGGGCAAGUACAACUCCACCAUUGACGUUGGUGGUCAGAAGUUCGUGGUGCUCCCCACUGGCGACGUGUGGUCCCGGCCCGAUGGCUCCUACCUCAACAAGCUCAUGAUCACCCGUGCCCGGCAGGAGGACGCAGGCAUGUACAUCUGCCUCGGCGCCAACACGAUGGGCUACAGCUUCCGAAGUGCCUUCCUCACUGUGUUGCCAGAUCCCAAGCCCCCCAGCGGCCCUGCGGCACCUUCGUCGGCGAGCAGCCUGCCCUGGCCGGUGGUGAUCGGCAUCCCCGCCGGUGCCGUCUUCAUCUUGGGCACCGUCUUGCUGUGGCUGUGCCAGACUAAGAAGAAGCCAUGCUCCCCCCCUCCGGCAGCGCCGGGCCACCGGCCGCCCCCCCGGGACCGUGCGGGCCUGGCCGGGGUGCCCGAUAAGGACUGCCUGACCGCGGGCCAUUAUGAGGAUUACGGGGUGGGAGCUCAGCCCCCGCUGCCCCCACCGGCGCAGCAGCACCUGCUGGGCCAAGGCCCGGGGCCCACCGCCAAGCUGUACCCCAAGCUCUACACAGACAUCCACACCCACACGCACACCCACUCCCACUCCCACGUGGAGGGCAAAGUUCACCAGCACAUCCAUUACCAAUGCUAGGUGGCACGGCCGAGGUGGCGGGCAUUCGAGAUCCCGGCUCUGCGCGGGCAGGCGGGCGAGCCGGGCCCCGGGGUGGGGGGCGCCCCUGCCGGGACCCACCGAGACCCCUCGUGGGGUGGGAGACGCGGAAGGAUGCCGAGGGAGCCACCGGAGACGGGACUUGUGGACGGACUCCCUGAGCGAGCGAGACGGACAGAUGGAACCUCAGAAAGAGAGAAUCUAUAUAAAGAGUUCUAUUUUUUUGUGACAUUGCAGUGAAUCUAUAGAGAUGGGAUAAUGAAGGAACCCCUCCCUGCUCCCCCUGCCCCGCUCCUGCUCAUCGACGCUUUAGGCCCCUGCGCCCCGGCCCUGGCCCCUGAGCUGGUGGCUGCUCUGCCAGAGGCUUCCGGGCUUUAAAGAAGCAGAAGAUGCCCUUCAUCCCCUGCGUGCCCAGGCCCGAGGCUGUGGGGCUAGAGGGGGGGCCAGCCUGGGACGAGAGGAAAGGCCCAUCUGACCUCCCUCGGGCCUGCUCUGGCCUCGGGGCCCGGGCUUGGGCUGGGGGGUGAGGGGAGAGGAGUGCUGGGAAAGGCCAGGGGGCCGCGGACGCUCCGAGAGCCCCAAGAGGGCCCCGUCGUCCGGUGGGCUCUCCAGACCUCCCCUCAGCCCCCCAACCGUCCCCCUUGCUAUUUAUAUUUAAGAAAUUAAGAAAAUAAUAAUAAUAAUAUUAAUAAUAAUAAUAAAAAGGAGGGCCUUCCUGAAGGUGGCCAAAGGCCCCCCAGAGUGGAACAGCUGUUUGUUUUCAGGGUUGGUCCAGUGGAUGGCCUGCUCCCAUGGAAGGCUCGCCCUGGGUGGCCCGUCCGGGGCCCAGGCUGACCCUUCAGAGAGAUGCUGGGGCCCAGCUCUGCGUAGACCACAGCCGGACGUCAGUGCAAAGGAAGGACCCUGUGAGGCCUAGAGAGUGUCUAGGCAGGGGCGUGUAUGUCUAAUUUAUUUUGUUCAUCGUGGUCGGACAAAGUCUGUGCUUUUCCUGCAAGCGGGUUUUCUUUGUGUCCAUCGGCCGGCCUUGGAGCGUCUGCCCUCCCUGGGAGCCCGGCGUUCCCUUCCUCAAGGAGGGAGCCCGAUUCCAGCCGCCGGGAACGUGCCUGGCUCCUUCCCUUCUAGUCUGGGGGAUGAGGGGAAGUAGAGGAUCCGAACCUGGCCAAAGGCCCCUCACUCUCUUCUCCUUCCAAAAUCAGGCACAUUUGGAUUUUGAAAACUUUUACACCUUUUUUGAUUCCUAAAAAAAAAAAUAAAAAGUUUCUGCCGGUUCUUGGAGGGCAGGGGAAGAGAAUGCAUGUGGGAGUGGGGGCCGGCCUUGGCCACUAGCCCUUGGGGUGGAAGCGUGGACUCUGCUCUGUCCCGGGGACCCGGUGCUAGACCCUUAGAUCCCACCGAGGCCAGAGCUCAGGCCCCAGAGAGAGAGAAGCCUUCCUCCUCCCCCCUUUCGGAGCCCUAUGCUGCUAGCUUCCCCAUGCACCCCCUCAUCCGUCUCCUGAUUUGCUUUUACACCCAAUGUAUUCAUCUCCCCACUUUGCAGGCAAGGCAGCCGAGGCCCAGAUUAGACCCCGCCCUGGACUCCUCCCUGCCCUGACCCAGACUUUAGGAUGCUCUGAUGCUCUUGCUAAAACUGCCCUGGGCAUCUGAACCCUUAAAGCUUGGGGAAAGUGCGUGGCGGACAGAGGAGGCUGGGGAGGACAGAGGGAACGUCUGUGGCUUUUUUACUCAAAAUAUUUCAAGAGAAGAGAAUGUAUAAGGAGGUUUAAGUAGGUGAGGGUGUCUGGGAAGGCCUCCCAUAGCCGCUGAUGGCUCAGGCGGGUCUGGCUGGCCCUUUGGCCAGGGCCAUGGCCGUGAGGGGAACCCACGGGACAGGGAGAGCUUGGCCUGACCAUCCGCCACCCUUAGCUUCCACUGGCCAACACGAUGCACCCUAGACAUGAAGUGAAAAUCAUGAGUCUGUAUGUAUGUGUGUGUGUCUGUGCGUGUGUCCAUGUGUGUGUCUGUCUGUCUGUGAAAGCCCCACCGUCUGUGUUGAGACAAUCGUGUACAGUUGGUCCCUUCCUGUUCGAUGAAAGCUUUAUUGAACAUUUACCAAUAAAUGCGUGAAGCCA